AUGAACACCUCGACCGAUCCCCUCCUGGCUCUGCGCGACGCAAUCAGAGCGGGGACGGACAUCACAUAUAGUGGCAGCUCAAACCCUACUAGCUCGCCUACUUCUGCCACGCACAUCGUUCUCUCGCCAUCGACUUCCUUACCAAAGUCCACUCUGACCAGGUUGCGCAAACCAACUGCGCCGUCCUCAAACCCUCCCGCAUCACCACAAAACUUCUAUACACUAGAGGCGGUGUACCUAGCAUGGUUGUUUCGGCAGUCUUCCGUGCCGGAAUAUUUGAAGCAAGUGAGGGAGCAUGGGGCUAAAGUGGGUUUCGUGAGUGUAACGGAGCGGAAGGUCGUAGUGGAUUGGUUGGAAGGAAAGACUCAAGAGCUCGAUGGGUUUAUUCUGUAUAUGUAUCUUAUUCAGCAAACUGAUGGAUUAGCAGCCGAGUCGACAACUCCGCCAGGGACACCACCGCAACUAAAGGGCACAACCGCUUUACCAACAGCACCCUUCUCAUCACGAAGUGCCGACCAGUCCAGUCCAUCGAAGCGACGGUAUGUUGCUGACACGGCGGACAUCGAGGUCGUUAAGAAGAUCAAGGCGAGCGAGAUUGAGCUCCGAGACAGAACGAGCGUCCUGCGAGGGAUCAAGACGAAUAAUUUCUCUACAAUUAGUCAAGCAAUGUCAGACAAGCUCAAGAAGCUUCGGGAGGCGAGCAAGGGUGGCACACCAGCGACGUCUGCACCGUCAACACCAGACCCCAAAAUGCAAGCCCGAAAACCCAAGAACCAAUACCCAAUCAUCAUCAUCUCAUCCUCACCAACAGCCCUCAUCACCAUGCACAACGUCAAGCGCUUCCUACAAGACGCCGUUUUCGAGCCAUCGCAGGAAGCGCGCGCGCGUGCGGCAGCGGAGGGCAACGCUCGCCCCGAAGACAUGAUACCCAUUUAUCGGAAGCGGACAACGAUAGACCCUUCUGGCCGCGAGACACAGACACACGCUCGAUACUUCGUCGUCGAUGGGACGGAGGCAUUGGCGAAGUUCGGUGCCGAUGCAUGGGACCGUGUGGUAUGCGUCAUGACGACUGGUCAGGCGUGGCAAUUCAAGCCGUACAAGUGGAACGAGCCUAAGACGCUUUUCCAUCAUGUGAAAGGAUUCUACAUGGCCUGGGCGAACGACCCUCCGAACCCUAAGAUCAAGGACUGGAACGUCACUGAGCUGAAGAUCGAUCAGCACAGACGACACAUCGACAAGUCCGUGGUCGCACACUUCUGGAAAACCCUGGAUACAUGGACGAUGACCAAUAAGCCGUGGCUCAUGCAAGGUUAA